AUGGCCGCGCGGACGAGUCUAGUCGGCCCAAGCACAGUAAAACAGGCCACCACUUUUAGAGAUCCUACUGGAAAAUGCUGGACUGACACCACAUCUGAAGCAGCAACAGGAGUACAACCACCGACAGGAAAGGGAGGCUGUCUCAUAAUUCUCCACACAGGAACAAGAAAUGGUUUCAUCUAUAAUGGAGAACUGAUCUUCCAGGCAAAAAACGACGGGGAUUACCACAAACAGAUGAAUUCAACGGUGUUUGAGGAGUGGUUCAGGAAUCAGCUGCUGCCCAACAUCGCACCAAACUCCAUCAUCGUCAUGGAUAACGCUCCCUACCACUCCGUGCUACAAGAGAAAGUACCAAGCUCGUCGAGGAGAAAGGUGGAACUGAAAGAGUGGCUUGAAAGGAAAGGUGUCCAGCUCAGUGAUGAACUACUGAAGGCAGAGCUGUAUGAGCUUACCAAGAAAUUUGCAGUCGGCAAAAAAUAUCGCAUUGACAGUAUUGCAGACUUGGCAGGCCAUAGGGUUGUGAAGUCACCACCCUACCACUGUCAAUACAACCCCACUGAGCUCAUAUGGGCUCAAGUCAAGUCUUAUAUCGCCAUGCAAAAUACCUUUAAAAUGGCUGGCUUGAAACAUCUGGUAAAGGAGGCCCAGCAUCACAUCACGCCACACAACUGUAUGCAAACUGUUGCCCAUGCUGAAAACCUUUAA